UAUACAGGUCUUGAGAUGCUUCCAUUGUCAUAUUUAGUCUCGGCCCUCUGUGGGUUGCAGCGGUAUCUGAGCAAUUCGGAGAGAGAAAGACAAGGUGAGGGAGCCAGCUGAGCUACGCCUCCAAUUAGCAGGCUUCCGCUGCGGUUCUCAGCCUCUUGGGACCUGCCGAUGACCGGGCAAUCUAAAGGGGGGGCUCGGGAGGCCGCUGCGUCAAUGCCUCAAAAAGCACCGUCUCGAUCUAAAUUCCUGUUUGUCAUCUCAGCGGCAGGACGUUGUUGCCAGGAUGGAGAACCCAGGUGACUUGACGGUAAUCGCCAUCUCUACGCAUGAGGACGCGCCCCUCAGCGCCCACGAUGACCUUAUUGCUAAAGUGAACAAGGAGCGGGGCCUGGGAGACCAUACCAAGGCCCUGGUGCUAUACAGGGAGGCCGAGGAUAAUUACGCAGAUUUGUACAUAUCCAUGUGGGUUGCCGGCUUGAUAGCUCUACAAGGCCAUGUACCAUUAGCAAUUCGGGAGCUCGAUCGGUCACUCGUCAAGUAUGCUCUUGUCGAAGACCACCGGGAACUUGUGGCCGCUGCUCGUAUGCUUCUGGCCUUCUGGUGGGCAAAAAUGGACCUCGAUUAUUUUCCCGCUCUCAAAAUUGGGCUGAAGUACUUCGGCGAGUACGUGAAGCCAUAUCCGCCUAGUGAGUGGAAAGACUAUAAAGUGGGCGAUUCGUUUCUAUCUGGACUCACCGGGCUCGCUGACGGCUCACUAGCUGAAAUCGCGGCUCUACUGAUCCCUUCCCACUCCAGACUCAGCCGUGUUAGCGGUGUCAACUUGAUCCCAUUCCAUAUGAUGCAAACGCGAUCAAAGAGGUCUAUGAUCCAAACACGCGUGUUCCUCUCCACCAUACCCGCGAAGAUCCUGCCCAUCAUAAACCCAACCUCGUCGAAGUUGUAGAUAUCGUCAUCCACAAUGCCGUACUUGGCCUUAACGUUCCAUACGAGUGUAAACCACUCGCCAAUGACCUGUGAAUCCUCGCACUUGGCCCUAUGGUAAUCGUAUCUACGCGUAUACCGCGUACGGAGCUCUGGCUGACCUUUGACAAAUCGAUGCGCCCAGAGCUUGCCGACAGGGGGCACGUCGCGUACGCGUAGCAGUUGGUUGGCCAUAUCUUCCACACCACAUAACCUAGGCGGAAAGCGCGUGUAGAAAGCUCAAUUAUAUACUGAACAAUAGCCUUCUCUUUCAUGUUCGUGAGCUUCUUCGAAUAGGGGGCAGUGUCGCGUCGUGC